CAUCUAACUAUAGAUUAUAGUCAAUUUGUAACCUUAAAAUUGGGGAACGUGGCUUGUUGUCUUGUCGUGCCGUUUCAAUCGCUUCUGGAGCAAGGUCUGCUGGGACUCGAGCAACUGCUCGGUAGCUCUCCCAGGAAUAUGGAGCCCGGUUCUUCACUGUUCAAGAUAAUAUUGGGAUCAUCUUCGGUAGCCCGUCGCAAAAUACUCGUUGAGAUGGGAUAUGACUUCGCAAUUAUGACUGCAGAUAUAGAUGAGAAGGGUAUUCGGAAAGAAAAACCAGAGGAGUUGGUAAUGGCCCUUGCAGAGGCAAAGGCUGAUGCCAUCUUAUCAAAGCUCCAAAAAUCUGAAAACCAUGGGAUGGAUGCUGAACCAACACUUUUAAUUGCAGCUGACACAGUUGUUGUCUAUGAAGGUACUGUCAGGGAAAAGCCAUUGAACAUGGAAGAAGCACGGCAAUUCAUCCAAGGUUAUUCUGGUGGGCAUGCAGCGACAGUAAGCUCUGUUCUUGUUACAAAUGUCAAGAAUGGAUUCAGAAGAGGAGAGUGGGAUAAAGUGGAGAUCUAUUUUCAUGACAUACCAGAUCAAGUCAUUGAUGACCUGAUUGAGGAAGGGAAGGUUCUCUAUGUUGCUGGAGCAUUAAUAAUAGAACAUCCUUUGGUACUACCCUAUGUUAAACAAGUGGUUGGAACCACUGAUAGUGUCAUGGGACUCCCCAAAGCUCUCACAGAAAAACUGAUAAAGGAGGCUCUCCUCUAGUCCAAUCUGAAUUUGGAACUUUUACCCAUUAUUAAUUCCUUAAUGAAUGUUUCAUGCCCUCUAAUUUAACCUUCAUACAUUGUAGCUUCACUAUCAUGGGUCAUUUUCUUGGGUUAAUUAAUAUUGUGAUGGAACAAAGAUUUGUGGCAUCUUGGUUGGUAGGAAACUCUCCUCGUUUUAGCAAAUAAAGCUACAAUUUUUUUU